GAAUGGUUUCCCUAAGCUCUGUAACCGUGUAGCUAUAUAUAAAAACCCUCUCUUGCAGUGGAGAAUCGACCAGAGCCAUCUGUGACACCGGCCAGACCUCUGUCUUAUUUGUGCUCCUUUUAAAAGCGAGAGGAUCUCGUACGGGCUGGAAGAGAGCGAAGGACUCGCUGACGUCCACCAUGGCUUUGCCUUUUGACCAAGCCGAAGAGUUACGCCUCUACCAGCAAACUCUCCUCCAGGACGGCAUCAAAGAUUUGCUGGAUCACGGCAAGUUCCUCGACUGCGUCUUGAAAGUCAAGGGGAAGGAGUUCCCGUGCCACCGGCUGGUGCUGGCCGCGUGUAGCCCUUAUUUCAGGGCCAUGUUCCUCUCGGACACAGAAGAAAGCAAGAAGAAGGAAGUCAGCUUGGAGGACAUUGACCCCGAAGUCAUGGGCAAGAUCCUCCACUACAUCUACACAUCGGAGCUGGAGAUCACGGAGCAAAACGUCCAGGAUAUUUUCUCCGUGGCCAACAUGUUUCAGAUCCCGUCCAUUUUUACUGUCUGUGUCUCCUUCCUUCAGAAGAGACUUUGCCUCAGCAACUGUCUGGCCAUUUUCAGACUUGGUCUGAUGUUGGAUUGUGCCCGUCUGGCGGUGGCCGCCCGGGAUUUUAUCUGCCACCACUUUGCCCUGCUUUCCCGAGACGAAGAGUUCUUCCAGUUCUCCGCUGAUGAGCUCAUUGCCGUCAUCUCCAGCGAUUCCCUCAACGUUGAGAAGGAGGAGUCUGUCUUCGAGGUGGUGAUGAAGUGGGCCGCAGCCAAGGAUCACGAGAACCGGGUGAAGGCCCUUCCGGUGGUCUUCGAGAGCAUCCGCUUCCGUCUCGUGGACAAGGACUACUUCAAGAAUAAGGUGGAGAAGCAUGCCUUAGUCAAGGCAAGCCCCGAACUUCUCAAGAAGAUCCAGAUGGUGAAGGAUGCUCACGAGGGGAAAUUCGCAGUGGUGAAAAAGACAACUGUGAAGAAAAAGGUGGAGAAAAAACCAGAGGGCGUCGUAAAUGGAGGUGUCGAGGAGGGAGAGGACAAAGAGGAAGAAGAGGCCCUUCCAGGGAUCUUAAAUGAUACAAUGCGUUUUGGGAUGUUCCUUCAAGACCUCAUUUUCAUGAUCAGCGAUUCGGGGGCAGUGGCCUAUGAUCCACAGGCCAACGAGUGCUAUUUUGCCUCCAUCUCCGCACAGAUCCCAAAGAAUCACGUCAGUUUGGUCACCCGUGAGAACCAGGUUUUCAUAGCAGGCGGACUUUACUUCAAUGAGGACAAUAAAGAGGAUCCCAUGAACUCCUAUUUCCUGCAGUACGACCACCUCGAUUCGGACUGGCUGGGAAUGCCUCCUCUGCCGUCGCCGCGGUGCCUGUUUGGCCUCGGUGAGGCCGAAAACUCCAUCUUUGUGAUAGGAGGGAAAGAGCUGAGGGAAGGAGAGCAGACGCUAGACUCGGUCAUGUGCUACGAUCGACUAUCUUUCAAAUGGGGUGAAGCAGAUCCCCUUCCCUACGCAGUCUACGGCCACAGCGUGGUAUCCCACGAUAACCUCAUCUACAUCAUCGGAGGGAAAGGAAACGAUAAAAAAUGCCUAAACACUGUGAGUGUCUACAACUUCAACAAGUUUGAAUGGAAGGAGUUGGCACCCAUGAAGAACGCCCGUUCGCUCUUCGGGGCCACCAUCCACAAUGGCAAAAUUUACGUGGCCGCGGGCGUGACUGACUCUGGCUUGACCAACUCUGUGGAAGUUUACAACAUCGCAGCCGAUCGGUAAGUGCCUCCUCUGCCUUG